CAUCAUCAAACGAACGGUCGCACGCAUGAUCAUGAAUGCCUGGGGCUGUCCUUCAACGCGGUUCGUGCCGACAGAUGGGCCAAGCCAAUGCUAUGCAGCGAUACCACAUGCCCACGAGCUCCAGUCCGAUUAGAUGGCCUAUGUGGUCAGCGUAGGGACGUCGCGCUGUGGAAUAUCCGUCACUCUUCGCUUCCUACACUGUAACCAUCGUCUACGAGCAGCUUCCCAUUAUUCGAGGCCCUACACUACCAUUCCUGGAGAGGCAAACUGGAGCUCACAACUACCUGCGGUUCGCAGCAAGAAGCCAGGCAUGCAUGAGGCACAAGGUCAGAGAACGUGUCGCAUUGUAUGCACGACCGAACACAUCAACUAUUCUAGCCGUGGAUCUGAAGAACACGCAUGAUACUUAUCAUCCUACGAUCGGAAGCAUUUGAUAUGUCCUUGACCUCACCGACCCACUAAUCUUCUGUUACACGAGCCAUCCGAACGGAGAAAACGCUGCCGGAGAUACCCUUCUUGGUGAGCGGUGACGUCUACGAGUCCGAGUGACCUGUUAGGUCCUCGUGGUGAGAGAGCCAGAAGUGCAUAUAUGCCGUUACGACUCUUGUACGCUGUCAAGUGUCUCGAGGAUGCGGUAGAUCUGUUGGAGAAGGACAACCCGCCGUGUCGUGUUCGGUAUCCUGUGGCUAUAAAUGGUUGCGGUUGUGUUUGUUAACAAACAUGACAAGCUCUCGGCCCUGAUCCCCACAUCAACCGGCAAGUCCGAUCCGGACAACUUCACUCCUUCCAGAAUGCGAUCGUUUGUUUAUCUUUCACUCCUCGCCAUCGGUGGUAGUCGUUCUACGCGGGCACUCACAAUCGGUAGGCGUGCUCUUUGCCCCUCUGUAACAGGUACUAACAUUGGCUUUGCACCAAUUCCCGCCCUUGCUCCUGCGACGGUCGCUUCACAGACAUUUCUUUCUACUGAUCCCGAUGGCGACUGCGAAUCUGUUUGCGCAACUGCGGGGUACACGUAUUCGGCUGCCGCCGACGGUGGUCUGUUCUGCAUCUGCAGCGACAACUUCAAUAAUUCCGAAUUAGUUUCGACGGACGAUUCCUCAUCUGUGCCAGCUGGCUUUGUGAGAAUAUUCAAUGGAGGCGCACGAGUCCCUGAUGAAGGAACACCUGUGUCACCGCACCCGAAUGGGGGUGGGUUUCUAGGAGCGUCAGGAAGCGGGGGAGAAACAGGAGGGCUUGCGGGAAGUGAUGAUACUGGGGGCACCAGUGGUACAGGUGGAACUGGGGGCAAUGGUGGCGAGGGCGGUACAGGAGGCACUGGAGGCACAGGGAGCAUAGGAGGUACAGGUGGUUCUGGCCCGUCACCGCCCGGCCCGCCCUUAACCACGACUUCGACUACCACGGCGAUCGCCGCAGCAUCAUCAUCUCUUGGCCCCAUUACGCCCACGAACAGGGUUGUCACAUUUGUGGAGCUGGGGUGUUAUGUGGAGCCACAACCUGGAGAUCCCAGUGUUCGGGGUCUCACCGGUUCGUUCAGUGGACUUGUCCCUGAUCUUACUAUUGACGGCUGCUUGUCGUACUGCGAUUCUCUGGGCUUUGUGUUGGCUGGGGUGGAGGAUGGCAACGAGUGCUACUGUGGCAACACAGUUGAAAACGGUGCUUCGCCCAUCGAUGAGAGUGAGUGCGACACCCCAUGCGUCGGAGAUGAUGCCGAAGUAUGUGGCGGCAACUAUCGCUUCAAUCUCUUCGCGAAUCUAGUGGGAGUUGCAUCGGGAGGACUUCUCGUUCCGACCACUGCGCCCGGCAAUCCUGGUGUAACCACCACCGUCGUCCCUACAAAUCCUCCGAGCAUACCCGUCUCCACGACCGCCACCACAUCUUCCGCAAGCAUAACCAGCUUCUCUGCAACGAGUACUAUCCUUACAACUGCCGGAACAACCACUGCUGCCCCUACUGCUCUCGCUUCUGGGGUCAUUCCCAUUGUGACCGAUAGCUUAUCGGUGUCCGAUGGGGUGACGGUCACCGUACCGGUAACUGUUUCUCAGCCGACGGGGACCUCGACAAGCAUACAGACGGCUCCAGCCCCCGCUUACACUUAUGCUGGAUGCUUCUCUGAGCCAAUCGACCCGGUCACGCACACAGUCAUUCACAGCGUGGCCAACCUCACCGCGAUUGAAGCUGACUUGACGGUCGAACUCUGCGUGAACGUCUGCGCCGGUCUCGAUUACCCGUAUGCUGCGGUCGAGGCAGGCGAUGAGUGUUACUGCUCGGACGGCCUUUACUAUGGGGCAGUGCCGGCAAGCGCAUCCGCUUGUACUACUGCAUGCAUCGGAAAUGCGGAGGAGACCUGCGGUGGCACCAAUCACUUCUCCCUAUAUGCCGACCCGGACAUCACCUUGGCGCUGGGGGCUGGUAACGGGUUGCCACCUGGUACUCCAGGACGACGAUCAUGGUCACACCAGCCUUGGUCAAGAUUCGGAAGGCGACCGCAGGAGAAACCGAGUCACGUUUAUUAA